AUGGCUACUCAGGAGACUUACAACAACAAUGCCAUCCCUCCAUCCGAGUUGGAAAAGGAUGUGCAAACCACUGGUGCCGACCACCCCAACGGCAUCAAUGGUGCCCAAGUAGGCCACAACGCUCAAGCAAGACACGCCGGGCCGUUCACCCGCGUUGCCGACUACCGGAACAUGACUGAAGGAGAUGCGCAGGCAUUCGGCGGUUCUCUCCAGCCUGGUCUGUGGAAGCCCUAUGAGCACAGAAAGUUCGCCAACCCUGCCCCCCUGGGCCUGUCCGCCUUCGCCCUCACGACCUUUGUGCUUUCUUGCGUCAACCUGCACGCUCGCGGCGUCACCAAGCCCAACAUUGCCGUUCCCCUCGCCUUUGGCUACGGUGGUCUCGUCCAGCUUCUGGCUGGUAUGUGGGAGAUGGCCGUUGGCAACACCUUUGGUGCCACGGCUCUGUCGUCGUACGGAGGUUUCUGGAUCGCCUACGGCAUCCUGUUGACCCCCAACUGGAACAUCAUCGGAGAGGACGGCCCCUACGCCGCCAACUAUGCCGACCACUACUCCGCCGUCGGUUUCUUCCUGACGGGCUGGUUCAUCUUCACGACGCUGCUGCUCCUCUGCACCAUGCGCUCGACCGUCGUCUUCUUCUCCCUCUUCUUCACCCUCGACCUGGCCUUCCUCUUCCUCGCUUGCGAGAACUAUGCCGCCAACAACGGCGCCCUCACCGCGAUGCGCAACCUCCAGAUCUGCGGUGGUACCUUUGGUAUGCUAGCUGCUUUCCUGGCAUGGUACUGCGCUUUGGCCGGUAUCCAGGAUGAUAGCAACUCUUUCUUCCAGGUUCCCGUCUUCCACCUUCCGUGGUCCGACAAGGGCCGUGAGCUCCGCAAGGCUAAGAGCCGCGCUUCUGUCUAA